AUGGACAGCCGCUGCUAUGGAUGUGCGUCCAAGUUCUCUGUCUUCAAGAAAGAGUGUGGGUGCAAGAACUGUGGACGGUCCUUCUGCUCGGCCUGCCGGAGCUUCACUGCUGUUGUUCCCCGCUGUGGAAGCACUCAGCAGAAGGUGUGCAAGCAGUGUCAUGAAAAUCUAACCGGAGAGGGAUCUCAAAGCAGUUCAGCAAAAUGGUCACCGCCAGAAAACUACAAAAAGCGUGUGGCAGCUUUUGAGGCUAAGCAAAACCAGCUGAAAGAGCAUCAGAAGGCAGCUGCAAAAUCCCUGGGUCAAGCAGGCUCCAGAUACCAGGGGCUCUCAAAAGAGGAUAGAGCUAUUGCAGAGAGACUGGAGAGGCUCAGGGAGGAAAGGAAACCAAAGUCCAUCCCUACUCAGGCUGAGAUCGAAGCUAGGCUGGCAGCCCUGAAGGAGGAUGGCAUGGGGCCUGUUUUAUCCACACAGGAAAUGGAGGACCGGUUGGCUGUCCUGCAGGGGAGAGAUCCUCCUUCCCAGGCUCCCAGACCUGUAUACCAACCUCCUGAUACCAGAAGUCUGGUCCAGCAGAGAGAUGACCUGUUAACUCAGCUAUCUGAGGAAGUUGCCAUUGAUGAGCAUUACAGACCAAGAGUUCAGCCUCAAGCUGUUACUAGCCAAAGUUUGAAUGAUCUCAAUCGGGAGAGCGAAGGUUGUGUUUGCCCUGCAAAUCUGGACCCAAAACAGCUAGAGGAAGAGAAAAAUAAACUUUUGGCAGAAGCUGCUGCUGAACUGCGGGAAGAGAACACUAGGCAGGAAAAGAUCCUACAAGUUGCCAAGAGACUGGCAGCGCUUAAAGGCGAGGACCCAGAGAAAGUUACACUGGAAACUUAUAAACUCCCUGACAGUGAUGAGGAAGUGGCUGAGGAGGAAGCCAUUCGCAGAGUGCUAAAACAGCUGACAGAGGAAGCAGCCUUGGAUGAAGCAACUGGAUUCAACAUUCCUCCAGAUCAGACCACCCAACCAGGACCCUCACAGCAGAACCUCCAUAAGAAAGCAAAGCAAAAG